GUCAGUUUUGCCAUUUCAAUCUAAUAACAAACACCUACAGUUACACUCCCUUACAUAUAAAUACAGGAAUAGACCAGAUGACGCACAAAAACAGAUAUAUCGGAAGAGGGGAAGUGUUGUGUAUGCAUCGCCCAUUCCCUUUCUUUUCUCUCUCUUCUCUUUUUCUUAUUUUUUUAAACAAAAAGAAAAAAACAUGGCCACUACGAAUACACCUAUCUUACAACAAUUGAUCCAUUAUUCACGAAAUGCAUUUGUCAAGAUAGUCAACAACAACGCCCGACGAUUACCUUUCUCAACCUCGCAUCUUAUUGAACAAGCUGAGAAUUAUUUAUUUGGAAGAGAGGGAUAUUCUAAAAACUGUAAAUUAUCCGUGGAACUAUUAAAAAAAGCUGCAUAUACCAACAAAAGUGCUUUUGCGAUCCUUGGUUUUUGUUACGAGUUUGGAUUCGGAGUGUCGAAUGAUUUUAAAACGGCGGAGAAAUGCUAUAUUUCUGCCAUCCAUCAAGAUCAUGACGAAAGAACCUUAUUUGCUAUAUCAAGACUAGCCUUCUUGAGAAAAUAUGGGAGACCAGGAGUUGCUAUUGAUAGAAUUGAGGCACAAAAAUUAGAAUCUCUUGUCGUAAAAGGUGGUUUAAAAUCAAUUGCUUGGAUUCAACGUGCUGCAACUCAAGAUCACUGUUCUGCCAGUCAAUACUGUUUAGGUGUAUUUUAUCAUGAUGGCCUUAUUUUUAAAAAAGAUGAAAAUGCUGCCUUUUGUUGGUAUAAAAGGAGCGCGGAACAGGGCAAUUGCCGAGGUCAGGGUAUCCUUGGUUACUGCUAUGGCGAGGGGUUUGGUGUAGAAAAGAAUGAGGCUGAAGCUAUGCGUUGGUAUCGUUUGGCUGCAGCUCAGGGGGAGACUGUUGCUAUUUAUAAUAUUGGUUACUGUUAUGAGGAUGGGAUUGGGGUGGUAAAAAAUGUUUAUGAAGCUGUAAAGUGGUACACCAUUGCUGCCGAACAAGGCAACGCCUUUGCCCAAAAUAGUCUUGGGUACUGUUACGAGGAUGGAAUUGGUGUCGAAGAGAACCAUAUUAUGGCAUCCAAAUGGUAUAAGUUAUCUGCAAAUCAAGGGUAUCCCUGGGCACAAUGCAAUCUUGGUUAUUGUCAUCAAAAUGGUAUUGGUGUAACAAAAGAUGCAACAGCCAGUGUAGAAUGGUAUAAAAAAGCUGCGAUUCAAGGCCACGCACGCGCACAACAUAACCUCGGUUUUUGCUAUCAAAAUGGCAUUGGCAUAAAAAAAAAUGAAGUAGAGGCCAUGAAAUGGUUUCAGAAAAGUUGCGAAUUGGGAAAUAUUUUUGCUUUCCAUUCACUCGGCUAUUGUUUCCAAAAUGGAGUCGGCGUUCAAGUCAAUGAACGAGAGGCUGUUUAUUGGUAUAUGCUGAGUGCUGAGCAUCACCAUGCUCCGGCCGAGUUAUCUCUCGGCUACUGUUAUCGAAACGGAAUUGGCGUUGAAAAAAAUGAGCGUGAGGCCAGCAAAUGGUUUAGGCGUAGUGCCGAACAAGGAAAUGCGGUGGCUCAAAAUUCCUUAGGUUUCUGUUACGAAGAAGGAAUUGGUGUCACUAAAAGUUCUAAAAAGGCCGCAUAUUGGUAUAUGCAAGCAGCACGUCAAAAUAAUGCCUGGGCACAAACAAAUCUAGGCUUCUGUUAUGCAAACGGUUUAGGUGUAAAGCAAAAUCCUGUCAAAGCCGUGUAUUGGUAUAGAAAAGCAAGUCAGCAAAACCAUGCUCGUGCACAAGACAAGAUGGCCGUUCAUUUACAGAAUGGGAUUGGUGUCAGACAGAACCUUGAGCUGGCUUUUGAUUUAUUUGAACGUGCAGCCGAAAAUAAUCAUGUCGCAGCACAGUUCCAUUUAGCCAAUUGUUUUGAAAAAGGGUUGGGAUGCCCCGUCGAUCUCGGAAAAGCAACCAUUUGGUUUGAGCGUGCAGCAAUGGCUGGUUGCAGAAGUUCACAUGAGAGACUGAGAAGGCUGCUUGUCAGAGCAUGUUUAUUAUCACCAGACUCGUUGCCUUCAAUCACAGCGAUGAGUGAGCAAGAUUUACUUUCAAAUGGGUUUAUUGUGGGACACAGUGCUGCAGCUGCAUAACAGCUUGGAUAAAUACCAAAUAGCUAAAUCACAAACAAUUUUGUUUAAAAUUUUAAUAGACUUUGAAUAGACUUUAAAUAGAUCUUACUCAAGUAUACAUAAUAAAACUAAUUUCUGAGAAA